AUGCCUGAUAGUGACCCGAUUCAUCGCGGCGGCGAUACCACACGCAAGUGGCCCGCUCAUCCGUCCAAGACGCCGUUUCAUAACUCGGCCGACAUGCGCGGCGGGCAAGGUCAGCUCCAUGUCGACCGUCCGGACCGACACGAGUUCUGGACUCUCAAGCCUGGUGAGAAGAAGAUCGAGCGCAAGGUCGAUACCCGUACUGCCAACACCGAAGAGUUCAUCAUCCGUGCCGAAGACCACACCAUGGGUAACCUGAUCCGCGAAGCCCUUCUCAAGAUGCCGGAAGUCACCUUCGCUGCCUACAAGUGUCCUCAUCCUCUCGACAACCGCGUCAUCAUCCGCAUUCAGUGCAACCCUGAUUCCGAUCUCAAGCCUGUCGAUGCCUUCCGCACUGCCAUUGACGAGUCGAUCAAAGAGCUUCAGACGUUCCUGGAUCGCUUCAGGAAGUCGUACAACCUCACCAAGAUGAGUCAGGAGGCUCAGGGUCCGGUCAAUGGCGCUUGA